AGAUUGAAACCGUGGCUGUGUGCCUUCCACCUCAGCGCUACGGAGCUACAAACUUUUCACGUUGUUCCUCCGCGGGCACAAAGAGUUUGAAGACGGACACAAAUGGCCCUCAUGUUUCUUCGCUGUUUACUUCGAAGUUCAGUUUUCAACUCGGAGAGCAGAUUCGUCUAAACUGCGGCGCAACUUCAAACGGAUCGUCGACGAAGUUGUAGCCGAGAGAUAAAGGAAUCCAGAUCGGCCCCUCUGUGCUCCUUUCAAGGUCAAAGUCAAGAUGUCUGUCAGCAAUCACGAAAACAGAAAGUCUCGCUCCAGCUCUGGCUCCAUGAAUAUCCAGCUUUUCCACAAGACGUCUCAUGCCGACAGCUUGUUGACUCAGCUCAACCUGUUGCGCAAGCGAAGAGUCUUCACCGAUGUUGUACUGAAAGCCGGCAACUGCUCCUUCCACUGCCACCGGGCCGUCCUGGCCUCCUGCAGCCGUUACUUUGAGGCCAUGUUCAGCGGUGGGCUCAGGGAGAGCCGUGAUGCUGAUGUCAACUUCCACGACUCUCUCCAUCCUGAGGUGCUGGAGCUCCUGCUCGAUUAUACAUACUCGGCCAGAGUCAUCAUCAACGAGGAGAACGCAGAGUCCCUGCUUGAAGCUGGAGACAUGCUUCAGUUCCAUGACAUCAGGGACGCAGCGGCAGAGUUCCUAGAAAAGAACCUCCACCCAUCUAACUGUCUGGGGAUGAUGCUGCUGUCUGAUGCCCACCAGUGCCAGAGACUGUAUGAGCUGUCAUGGAGAAUGUGCCUGGCAAACUUUGCCACUCUCUUAAGAACAGAAGACUUCCUCAGCCUGCCCAAGGAUAAAGUUCAAGAGCUGAUCCUCAGUGAGGAGUUGGAGGUAGAAGAUGAAAGCCUGGUGUACGAGGCUGUCAUCGACUGGGUGAAGGCGGACAUGGAGCGGAGACACAGCGAGCUACCUGAGCUGCUGCGCUGUGUCCGCCUGGCACUGCUGCCUGAGUCCUACCUGCUGAAUAACGUUGCUUCGGAGGAGCUGGUGAUGUGCCACAAGGUGGGUCGGGAGAUCGUUGAAGACGCCGUGCGGUGUAAGAUGAAGAUCCUUCAGAAUGACGGGAUUGUAACGGGGUUCUGUGCACGACCAAGAAAAGUCAGCCAGGCCCUGCUUCUGCUGGGAGGCCAAACCUUUAUGUGUGAUAAAGUCUACAUGAUUGAUAACAAGACCAAAGAGAUCACCCCAAAAACCGACAUCCCUAGCCCCAGAAAGGAAUGCAGUGCGUGUGCCAUUGGGUGCAAGGUUUAUGUUACUGGAGGUCGUGGCUCUGAAAACGGGGCUUCCAAGGACGUCUGGGUCUACGACACAUUGCACGAUGAGUGGUCGAAAGCAGCGCAAAUGUUAGUCGCCAGAUUUGGACAUGGCUCUGCAGAACUCGACCACAUGCUAUAUGUGGUAGGAGGGCACACAUCGCUGGCGGGGUCCUUCCCGGCCUCUCCAUCUGUAUCUCUGAAACAGGUUGAACAAUAUGACCCUCAGACCAACAAGUGGACCCUGGUCGCACCGCUCCGAGAAGGGGUGAGCAAUGCCGCUGUGGUUGGUGCCAAAAACAAACUCUUCGCCUUUGGAGGCACCAGUGUCAACAGAGACAAAUAUCCCAAGGUGCAGUGCUUUGACCCCUGCCAGAAUCGUUGGUCUGUUCCAGCUGCUUGUCCGCAGCUGUGGCGGUACACGGCGGCGGCUGUAGUAGGUAACCACGUCAUUGUGAUAGGAGGCGACACCGAAUUUUCAGCCAGCUCUGCGUACAGAUUUAACAGUGAGACAUAUCAGUGGUCAAAGUUUGGCGAUGUUACAGCCAAACGGAUCAGCUGUCAUGCAGUGGCAUCAGGAAACAGACUAUAUGUGGUUGGAGGGUACUUUGGGGCCCAGAGGUGUAAGACGCUAGACUGUUACGAUCCAUCAUCAGACUCCUGGGACAGUGUGACCAGUGUUCCCUACUCACUCAUUCCUACUGCCUUCGUCAGCACAUGGAAGUACCUCCCAUCGUAGAGACAUAUGGACUCUGAGGUUUCUAGAUGAGCCGUGGUGUCUGGUAUGCAGAAAUGUCUCUCCCCCCCACUGGCUCCGAGGAGGAGGAGGAGGAGGAAGAUGAAGAAGGGGUUUGUGUGUUCUUGUCGUGGCUUCCAUCCUCUCUGAUGGAUUUUCUGCUGCAAAAAGGGUAAAGGGCUGAAAAGAGCCCAGAGACUGAAAGUCUGCGGCCUCUUCCCACCUGAUUUGUUUACUCGAACGUCUUGUGUAACUUUCCCAUGCAGCCCCGCAGUCUGAGCAGGACUGGUUGCCAUGCCAACUGCAGGGAUCUCACAGUCAUCUCUGCUUGAAAAUCUGCAAACCUUUUCCUUUUUCCUGUUGGGACAAAUAAACUACUGUGACUGGAUCGACCCUGCUCUGCAAGAACAAGUUAUCCUGACGUGUUUUACAGAAGCUGUCAUUUUCUGGUUCUUUCUCCAGCCCCCCCCACCCCGACUCGUUUACUCAGGUGUAGAGUAUCUGGACUGCAGGGAGGCUAAAUUGGACUUUAGCUAAGCCAGACAUUUG